UUGAGCGUUUUCUUGCACGCAAGUUCCCCUCAGUAAAACGGUUUGGCAUGGAGGGCGGGGAGGCGCUGGUGCCAGGCCUGCUGGCGCUGCUUGGUCGAGCUGCUGGGAGCGGAGUGAAGUUUGUUGAGCUGGGCAUGGCGCACAGGGGUCGCCUGAGUGUGCUGCAUGCCGUGCUGGGAAAGCCCUGAGCUCCAUCCUGUCUGAGUUCAAGCCACCUGAAGUUUCACCUGAACUCUCUGAGCUGCUGCAAGUGGGCGACGUCAAGUACCACCUGGGUACUCGUUCCACACUCGAGUUUGAAGGCAACCAGGUGCACGUGUCGCUGCUGCCAACCCCAGCCACCUGGAGCUGGUGGAUCCAGUGGUGGUGGGCAAGGCCAGAGCCAAGCAGCUCUUUACCAACGACACCAGCAGGCGAUCUGUCAUGGGCUUGAUUCUCCAUGGAGAUGCGGCCUUCAGUGGCCUUGGCCUCGCUCCUGAGGUGCUGCAGCUGUCGGAGCUGCCAGAGUACACCACAGGCGGCACGAUCCACGUGAUCAUCAACAAUCAGAUCGGAUUCACCACGGAUCCCAAGCUCGCACGUUCCUCACCGCACCCCUCUGACUUCGCCAAGGCGGUAGGGGCGCCCAUAUUCCAUGUGAACGCGGAUGAUCCCGAGGCUGUGGCUCACAUCUGCUCGCUCGCUGCGGACUGGCGGCAGACAUUCGGCAAGGAUGUGGUGGUGGACCUCGUGUGCUACAGGCGACAUGGGCACAAUGAACAGGACGACCCCCGAGUGACCCAGCCCCUCAUGUACUCGCUGGUGGACAGCCACCCUCCGUGCCUCGGGCUGUACGCCAACCGGCUCCUGGCAGACGAGGUGGUCACGACUGAGGAGCUUGCCAGCUGGCAGACUGACGUGGAGGCUGAGUUUGAACGCGCCUUUGAGAACGCUAACAAGCAACAGCUGUCGCCACAGGAUUGGCUGGCCGCCAACUGGCAAGGGGAGGCUCUGGGUUCGCUGGUGAGUCAGCGCAAGAUUCAACCAACCGGCCUCCCCACGAAGACACUGCAGCGUGUGGGCGAGGCGCUCUGCACUGUACCGCCAGACUUCACCUUGCACCCUCAGGUGGCAUCUCUGCUGGAAAAUCGGCGCAAGAUGAUGGCAACUGGGGAGGGCAUUGACUGGGCCAUGGCAGAGGCUCUCGCCUUCGGCUCGCUUAUCCUACCGUUUGAUGCGUCAGUGGGUCAGACCCCUGACAGCAACCCGGCGCACGCCGUGCGGCUGAGUGGGCAGGACUGUGAGAGGGGCACGUUCAACCACCGCCAUGCCGUGAUGCAUGACCAAGUCACAGGAAAGCGGUACACCCCCCUGCAGCACCUAGCAGCGGGGCAGGAGCGGUUUCACAGUGGUGCAACUCGAGUCUGUCGAGGCAGCGGUGGCUAGGCUUUGAGUACGGCUUCAGCCUGGAGAACGAAAACGCCUAGUCUGUUGGGAGGCGCAGUUUGGGGACUUUGCCAACAACGCGCAGGCGGAUAAUCGACAACUUCAUAGUGAGCGGCGAGGAGAAGUGGAUGACGUCCACGGGGCUCGUCAUGCUGCUGCCGCACGGCUUCGACGGCCCAGGGGCCCGAACACUCGUCAGCGCGCCUUGAGAGGUACCUGCAGCUGGUGAACGAUGAUGCCGACCACCUCCCUGGCUACGGGCCGCACUUUGCCAGCCAGAUCGAGGCAGGGAUUCUCUGUGGCGGACCGAGACAACAAGGGCCACGUGUCACUGUCUGAUUUGCUCUCGUUCAUGGAGUCGCAGUACGGGCUGGGCCACGAUUACGUGACGGCGCUCGCUCACCAGAUGCACAUCGACAGCUCGAAUAAGAUCUCCAAGGCGGACUGGGAGGCGUUCAUGGUGCGCUGGAUGCGGCGCAAUGCCAGAGGGACAACAACCUCUGCGUCGUCAACCUCACCACUCCCGCCAACUACUUCCAUGCGCUCAGGCGCCAGGUUAAUCGGCACUUCUCCAAGCCCUGGUGGUGAUGGCACCCAAGUACCUAUUGCAUCACAAGCCCUGUGCUUCACCUCUCAGCCAUUUCACGUCGGGCACAUUCUUCCAGCCUGUGAUAGCUGAUGGGGACGCGGGGGACACAUGAGCCAUGCGCAUGGCGACAUGCUGAUGCCACCUGGCAAGAUGAAACGGCUCGUUUGUGCUCAGGGAAGAUUUACUACUCCCUGGCGCAUGCAAGGAGGGCAAGGAAGCAGUGGGAUGUGGGGCUGAUGCGCAUAGAGCAGAUAGCGCCCAUGGCGGUGGACCACAUGGCUCGGGUCAUCAACAGCCACUGCAACGCCGAGCUCGUGUGGGCGCAGGAGGAGCCCAAGAACAUGGGAGCAUGGCCGUACAUCAGGCCACGUGUUGCCACGCUAUUGCACAGUCUAUGUCCACAUCAUCCUGCCACGUCAGCACUCACACCCAUCCGCUUUGUUGGCCGUGCCCCCUCUGCUUCUCCAGCCACCGGUAGCUUUGCCAUCCACCAAUCGGAAACCAAAGCCAUCAUAGAUGCUGCACUCGCGUGAUUCUGGGUUAUAUAAGAAUGGUUUAACGUGUUGUUAAAAGGGUAUCAUGAGCUGCUGCCAUAAUUUAUUACUCGUUAGACGCUUGAGAAUCGUGGAUUGCUUUUUAGGCCCGAAAUCAAUCUCAGCAUAAGCC